AUGAAACGUUGUCUUGAAAAUAAUGGAAAAAAAAGAUUACAAGAUGAAAGCGAUGAACAAGAUGCCUGUGAUGAUGGUUGUUGUGGUAGAGAUUUCCCUGAGUUAUCUAAUUUUAAAAUGAUUGGAAAGUUUGAUGGAAAAAUUAAGUUCUUCAACGGAAACUUUGAGUUUGAUGGAAAAUUUGAUGGAACUGUUGAGUCAAAUCAAAAUGAUGUUUUACCAGAAGGUGAAGAGUUUGGUUCUGAAGAACUUGAAUCUGCAAAAAAGAAAUUGUUAGGUACUAGUGAUGUACUUCAAUCUAAUUCUAAAGAAGAAGAAGCACUCUCUGUUGCUUCUGAUGACGAAAGUGAAGAAGAGGAAAAGCCUAACAAAAAGCAUUAUGAUGCCGCUAAAUUACAAAACCCACCAACUGCAGAAGAUUGCAAAACACAAUAA